GGCCCGAGCUCGUUUACGCCCAAAGUAUCGGCUCGUUCAGUGAUAACUCUCGCUUAAACGUGUCGACACGCAAACUGUCACUCGUGCUAUUUAAUUAUUUGUCGUAGCGUGAUACGGUGGCGAACUUGGCUUAAGAAAUAACAAUGCCUGGUUACAGAUGGACGAGAUGGCCGGCGCCUUACGCCGAUUCUCGCAUGUUGAUCUCAAUCGGCAGGGAUAUGGACGGUACGAAUCUCGUGGUAGGGCGCGCCAUGCACCACGGUGAUAUGCUACCGGCGAAAGCAAAGCCGGAUCAUGGCGUUGCUUACGUAUGCUAUGGAGGUGUCGAGCAUACGAAACACGACUUUGAGGUGCUGAUGCCUGCCCAUUUCAAUUGGAUUCGAACAGGUCACGGUCACGUACCGGAACACGCGGUAGAGGCUGGGAAGACCGCGAGCGGGGAGAUGCUUUACGUCGGCCGUACUUACCACAAUGGUAUACCGUGCGUUGGAAAGAUACAGAGAAGUCAUGGUUGUAUGUACAUCCCGUUUGAUGGGAAGGAAAUACCGUACAGGGAGUACGAAGUCUUGGUACAAUGUUAAAAUCUUAUCUGCGAUCGCGUUUAGAAAUAUAUCGCGAUGACGUAAUUUUGCUUAAAACUAUUGAAACUUUUAAAAAAAUUAUGAAAGAAUGAAGUAUCUAUUAAUUGCGAAAAAGAGAUCCGGUCUGUAAAAAUUUCAAAGGGGCUUUUUACAUUAUAUUUAGAAAAAAAGCGUACAAUUGAAACAUUUUAUUCACAAUAUGUACAUUUUUUAUUCAUUUAUACGCGCGUGUGUAAUAUAUACUUUUUGGAAACGAGAUAUUAACAAACAAUUACGCGAGCAGCGAAUCUUAAAUUGUAUCGUCGCGUCAAUUUAUGGGGGCUUCCGUGAGUUGAAGUUGGAUUAAAAUUUUACAAAGUUGAGACGAAAAUUGCGUUCUUAUCUACUCUCGUUUAACUUCUAUUAGUAUGCAGAGAAAAGUAAUUUAUCGAGCUUUAAAUUAAUGCGGAAGAAAAGCGCAUAACAAAACGUCGUCAUGCGACCAGUAAUAACAUCGCAUCCCUUUUUGUAAUCUGGAUAAUUACGGUGCAUUAUAUACGCCCCACGAUUCUCGUUGUUACUCGAUUUUUUUUCAAUUUUUUUUUUUUUUUUGCGUCGAUGAAAAAUCAUGGACAACGAAUGAUUCAGCAAUACAGAGAAAUAUGAAUCAGAAAAAUAUCGUCAACUUCUUCGAAUUUUAUAAGAGGCUGUUUGUCAUUUUGCACGAAUGUGUUUGCGUCCCACAAUUUUCAAGAUAUGAGAUAUAAUAAUGAGAUAUAAUAAACAUUAUGAUGUCAACGCCAAUUUAUUUUAUCUAUAGAUAAGACAUUGAUAAUUAAAAACUUGAACAAAAAAAAAGAGAGAAACGAGUAUCUUAGAAAGAGAAUUAUAUAAUUCAAAGAAUUAUUUAUUACAAUGCCAUAAUUGUAAUUACAAAACAAAAUAAAAUAAAACAAAAUAAAAAGGUA